GAGAAAAAAGGAGGACCCCGCGCUUUCGUGUUCGCUUUUUCCUUUUAUAGACACUCCUUGGUGCUGUUCCAGUCACGUGGGGUUUGUUUAUUUUGCAUGUUUGAAUAAGGAGAAGCACACCGACAUAAUAACGGUCAUUUAAAGCUGGGAACAAGUAAGACAGAAUCACAGAAACAACAGAAGGAAAGUAAAGGAGUAGGACCUACCAGUGGCUCCCUCCAACCUCCCGCAGCCAUGUCGGAACAAAGAUACUCACUGCUGUUUAUUUGUAUGUGGAUCCUCAGCGCCUUUGCGGGACUCUCAAAUGGUGGGACCCUGCAGCAAUGCUCCGAAGAAAUGGCACAGGAAGCGGAAAUAAUUCUGUCUAACAGUGACAUGUGCGCUCCCUUGGAAAACUUUCUCGUGUGCUGUUUACGAGUUUUAUACGAAGAAGAUCGGUUGACCCCAGGAGCCGUCCAGGCUGUGAAGGAAAAUAUAGAUGGAAGUCUUCUCUCACUCGGCAUCAAUUGUACCUUUGACAUUGAUCAACUGGUGAAGAACGUACGAAACAAGGAUUCAGGAGUGUCCGGUAGGACCGAUAAAUCUGGAGAGACUGGCGGAUCCAAAAGAACCGACUGGUUUAAAGAAACAGGUGUAUCUGAUAAAUCGGACGAGUCUAGUGGAACCCGCGGUUCUUCUAGCAACAGCGGAUAUGAUAAAGCCACCGAGUCUUCGACAAGUACUCGAACCAGCGAAUCUAGCGCAACCGGAACGACUUCUACAACCGCUGGAACCGGAGAAACUGAUGGGCCGAGAAGAAACGUCGCCACAG